AUGGCUACAAAAGUAUUUGUAUACCGCUGUAUUUGUUGCAACAGAUAUACAUUGAUUAAUUAAUUGUAUUCGCCAGUGUUUUCAUACGAUUACAAAAACUUAACAUUAACACUAUGAAAACGAAAUAUUUAACAUAAUAAAUGUAAUUAAAAUAACAUUUUGAAUCAAAUAUUCGCUUCGAAAAAGUCAUUGUCUCUUCUGAAAUAUCAACUGCUCCAAAUUUUUGUUUGCUCCAAAUGUCCAUUUCAAAUUUCCAAGUUUAAAAGAAAUUAACCUAACACGCUGCCCCACUUUGUUAUUUACAGAUCUUCGGUAGCAAGGCGGACCUGCAGCUCCACACGCAGAUCCACAUGCGCGAGGCGAAGCCGUACAAGUGUACCCAGUGCUCGAAGGCGUUCGCGAACUCCUCGUACCUGUCCCAGCACACCAGGAUCCACCUGGGCAUCAAGCCGUACCGCUGCGAGAUUUGCCAGCGGAAGUUCACCCAACUGAGCCACCUACAGCAGCACAUCCGCACGCACACCGGUGACAAACCGUACAAGUGCCGGCAUCCAGGCUGCACGAAGGCGUUCAGCCAGCUGAGCAACCUACAGAGCCACUCCCGCUGCCAUCAGACCGACAAGCCGUACAAGUGUAACUCUUGCUACAAGUGCUUCUCCGACGAGCCCAGCCUGCUCGAGCACAUACCGAAGCACAAGGAGUCCAAGCACCUCAAGACGCACAUCUGCCAGUACUGCGGCAAGAGUUACACCCAGGAGACCUAUCUGGCCAAGCACAUGCAGAAACACGCGGAGAGAACGGACAAGAGACCGCCGAUAAUCGGCACGGGGCUCAGGCCGUCGAUUCACUCGAUGGCCGCGCAUCAUCAGGACCACUACUGGCCGAAAGUCAGCCCGGACUCGGUGAUCAGCGACUUGCACGAUCGGUUGCCGCAUCAUCACACCGACUACCAUCAGAAUCAGAAUCCGGAGAUGCUGCUGCCCGGCCACGGGCACCGCGGCGAGUCCAUCGAGAACGACUCGAGGCAACAGACCCCUCAGCCAGGCGCCAAUCAUCAUCCGAACAGCAGCUCGGCGUUCACGCCGAUCUCCUCGAUCUCGAUAAACUCCAUCUCCUCCAUGCAACACCCGUUGAACCCUCUGAACCAUCUGCACUACCCGGGCAGCCAUCAUCCAGCAUCCAGGCCGUACCUCUACGAGGCGUUCAACUCGACGCAGAAAUCGUCGCCGGCCUCGUCCUCGUCCGGCGUCACGCCCGGCACCACCAGCAACCAGAACGCGACCUCGUUCCCGAACCAGUUGAUCAGCCUGCAUCAGAUCAGGAAUUACGCGCACCAGCCGAACCUCGGCAAUCUAGGGAACCUAGGGAACCUAGGCAAUCUGAGCAAUCUGAGCAACCUAAGCGCGACGAUGGAGAGCCACGCUCUCCUCGGCGGACUCAAGGAGAAACAGUAA